GAUGAAGCUGUAGAACACCAAAGCCUGGGAGCUAUAAGGAAACCAAUCAAGUGUGUCAGUUCUGUCAACUGCGUUUAGUAUUCGCUGUCUGGAGAGCCAUCACAAGGAACACCAAUAGUCACAUCAUAUGACCCGUCGCUUGCGUGGCUCUACUUCCAACCCUACCCUACGCGAAUGGGAUACAUUGACCUGCACGUUAGGUUUCUCUUUUUUCUCCUUCCCUCCAUCACAUCAUACCAUCUACCCAUUUCUCAUCACUAGGCUUUUUCUCUUGAUUACUUCGAGGGAUUACGACUCAGGAGUCAACUCCCACUCGAUCAUGAUCAAAACGUGUUCAUCAUCUUCCUCUCGUCGCGAGUGUUUCAAGCCAACCAGAUCAUCGUCACCUGCAAGAGAAGAAAAAUCAAAAUAUGUCGACCAUCUUUACCACCUUCGCGAGCGUUGUUAUUCGAUGAUUAACAGAAUCAUGUAUACUCGUCCAUCAGGGAGCUUGGCGCCGAAAUGCGUCAUUGAGGGUCAUUUCAAAAUCAUUUGGAGCCUUGCCUGCUUGGGCACCAGUUUGGCAGUAUCUCCGGAUGAGACGAUGGCUGUGAGCGGAAGUCUGGACGGCCGACUAUGGCUGUGGAACAUAAAGAAGGGCAGGAUGGUUGGCGAUCUGUGGGAGGGCCAUAAUGGUCAAGGGAGGUGCCUCGAUUGGUCUCCUAAUGUCCUAGAGAUAGCAAGUGGAUCGACCGACAGCACCAUAUGACGCUGGAACUCGGAUACUGGUCGACAAAUAGCACCACCAAUAGAGACCGGCCAAGGGAGGGUUUGCGCUGUCAGAUAUUCUCCACAAGGGGAUGAAUUCACAAGCGGCGGGAAGGACAAAGUAAUCUACG